GACAGGGGUGGCCUUGGAAGUGCAACAAAGGUGGCAACCAGCUGCGGGCUCCGAUCCGAACAAUCCGGUUUGGGAGGAUGCCCGCGAACUCCUCCUGGAUGUGCAAGGCUACACCGUGGAAGUGUGGAGAACGUCCGCAGAAGGAGGCGACCAGCUCCUCAGCGACGUGCUCUUCUUGCCAGAGGUCGGGGCAACUCAGGUGACCUUGGAGUUACCAGGGCUGAGAGGUACAUCUCGCCUGCAGCUCGGGUACAGCGUGCAGGUGAACAGCCCAGGCGUCUCGCGCCCUGUGGUCAUGCGGAAGGAGAUUCGACUGAUGCCGCAAGCAGAGCAAGGGCGCUUCGUGGCAGCCGUCAAGAAGUUGAUGGAGAACAAGGACGGACCCCAAACCUCGGAGUGGUUUCGCCUGGCGUCCUACCACGGCUGGCCGGAAGACUACUGUGAGCAUGGUCAGGAGACUUUCCCUGGAUGGCAUCGCGCAUACUUGUGCGAAGCAGAGCAGGCCUUGAUCAAGGCUGACAAAGAGCUCGGCAACGAUGGCAG